AUGGCUAACUCACUUUCCAUUCCAGAGUUGGUUGAAAAGAUUAUUAGUCGUCUCAGCAAUAAUGAUCUCGCACAGGAAAAAUUUUACCACGAAGAACUUCGGUUAAGGCAAAAUGCCUUUGAUACGACUUGCAAGAAUCUCGAUACUGUGCUAUCCGAUGACUUUGCAUUUGAGGAUGAUGUACAAAAUUAUCUCGAAAAAUUUAGAUACGGAAUCGAUUGUGAUCUGGACAAGCUUGAAUCCUUGGG